CUCACUACGAGCUGGCUCUAUGGAGUUUCCCAUCUCCUCAAAAGUGUCUCUGGCCCCGCUAAAGCGUUGUGUUUCCAUGGUAGCUGAUACGAGUCAACAAUGAAGUCCGCUGUGAUAAGGGGGCCGCCUGACAUUUUAUAGCAACUCAACAACACAAAAGGGUAAAAGGCGAACAAGUGCAUGGUUUAUAUUGCCGGUACAGACGGUGGUGCCGGACGGCAAUUACUUUAGUAACAUUUCUGAAGGUACUUUUCAUAGAAGACGCGUAUCUUUUGGGGCGUUUUGCGAGACAGAAGGAAGCACCAUUAUUGUGUGCCACACGGAACUUGGGAGUUGAAGCGUAAGCUAAAUCAAUUAGCUGAACUAAAGUAACGUUAGCAACAAGUAACAACACAUGCGCAUGAGACUGCGUUAUAAACGCACAGAAAAUGUUUAAAAACACAUUCCAAAGUGGAUUCCUAUCUAUAUUGUAUAGCAUUGGGAGCAAACCUCUUCAGAUAUGGGAUAAAAAGGUCAGGAACGGCCACAUAAAACGGAUUACAGACAAUGACAUCCAGUCGCUGGUGCUUGAAGUGGAGGGAACAAAUGUCAGCACAACUUACAUCACAUGUCCAGCAGACCCAAAGAAGACACUUGGCAUCAAACUACCUUUCUUGGUUAUGAUCAUCAAGAACUUGAAGAAGUAUUUCACCUUUGAAGUCCAGGUGUUGGAUGACAAGAAUGUGAGGAGGCGGUUCCGGGCCAGUAACUACCAGAGCACCACGCGGGUAAAACCCUUCAUCUGUACCAUGCCCAUGAGGCUGGACGAUGGCUGGAACCAGAUCCAGUUCAACCUGUCUGACUUCACACGGCGGGCCUACGGCACCAACUACAUUGAGACACUCCGUGUGCAGAUCCAUGCAAACUGCCGCAUCCGGAGAGUGUACUUCUCUGACCGACUGUACUCAGAGGAUGAGCUCCCUGCAGAGUUCAAACUGUAUUUACCCGUACAGAACAAAGCAAAGCAGUAGGGCAGCUGAAUCGAUCCUCCUCCAUAUCUGCAGAUUGUCUGAAUUUGUAAUGUUUGUUUUUCUUUCAUAUUUUGGAACCAUGUGAUUGUUUCCUAAAUUCUUGUUUCUCUGCACAAUAAACAUUGUUUAGCAUAAAAAAAA